UGUUAAACAGAACAUAUUUAUCAAAUCAUUCAUCAUUUUGAACAUUGAAUUCAUAUAGAAAUAACGUAAGGCAAUAGUAUCUUUGAUUAGGAUAUUUUGAACCAAAUCCGUCAACAAACAAACGUUUAACAAACGGAAGAAUGAACAGAGGGAUAUAUAAACUGAUGGAUUGAAAAUUGGAUGGAUGGCUUCUCUGUAUCUCUACUUGAACUUUGUUUGUUGUGAUAAAUGAGGGUUAUGUUUUGGGAGGUUUUGGAUAUGGGGUAUAUCCUGAGGGAAAUGUAGAUAUCUUACUGGGGCCCAUAAGGUUUCGAUUCUAUAUCCCGCUGUUAUGUAGCUGAAACCUCACUUGUCAUGGGAUAAAAAGAAAUAUUUAGUCUUUUGGUAUCAAAGGCCAAAAUAGAUCCUUGUCAAAUCAUCGGGAGAUGAAUAGAUAAUAUAUGGUCAUUAGGAUGAAAUGAUUGCUUUAUGUCAAACUUAAAUGUUAAUUGAUUCAAAAACUCAUUCUAAUGCUUCACUGUUUACGAACCAUCAUGAAACAAAUGUUAAGUCACCAUAAAGUAGGAUUAUUAGUUCUAAUUACAACAUUGAUUUUUACUUAUUUGAACGUCCAAAAUAUGAGCAAAGAAAAUAUUAUGAUAAAAGAUGCUUUAAAAGUUGAAGGUGGUGAAGAUGCUGAGUACAAUGAUGAAAAAGUGAAACACAUAAUGUCAAUGACAGCAGAAGAAAUUCAGGAAUCCUAUACAAAUGAUUGCUCCAACACCAAGAUCGAUAAGUGGGUUCAACAAGAAAGAACUGAGAUUGAAGAUGAAGUAUCUAACAUAAAAGGACACAGACUCCCAGAUAUCAUCCUGAUUGGUAUGUUUAAAGGAGGUACUGGUACGCUAAACACAUGGUUGCCAAGCCACCCACAGGUUGCUAGGGUAAAACUUUCUGGUUACUAUGCAACUGAUGAAAAGUAUAAGUUGAGUCAUAGAGAGCACUUGUUACUGAUGCCAAAUGUCUCAGAUGAUGAAAUAAUAUAUGAACGAUGCACUGAAUGUUUCACUAAACAAGCCGCGAGAGAAAGAAUCUUAGCUGCAUAUCCACAAAGAAAUGUUAAGCUUUUUGUGAUGGUUCGUGAUCCAAUAGAGCGGCUAAUAUCUGGAUAUGUACAAAAUGUUAUCCAAAACAAGACAACAAAAAACAAAGUGCAAAUAAAGAAAACUUUUGAAGAAUAUAUAUUCUACUCAAAUGGGACCAUACGAACAGAUACAGAAUAUUUUCAAAAAAGUUUUUAUGUAGCUCAUUUUGCAAAAUGGCUAAUGCUAUUCCCAAAGGAAAACAUUCAUUUAAUUGAUGCAGAAAUAUUCACGAAAACCCCAUGGAUAGAACUCCAGAAAAUAGAACAGUUACUAAAAAUUGAUCACUUCUUCACGAAGGAUCGAUUUCCUACUAACCCCGAAAAGCCCAACUUCCGUUGUUUUAUAAAAGAUUAUGAAGAAGGAAUGCAAUGUAUGGGAGAAGCUAAGGGUAGAACUCAUCCAAACAUUUCAGAAGAAACGAUGCAAACAUUGAGGAAAUAUUUCAAACCAUUUAAUGAACAAUUUUUUACCCUUGCAGGUCAGAAGUUUGCAUGGAGUGUUUAUUAUGAAUGAACAGAAUAAGCACCGAGUUAUGUUUAGAUAGAUAUUGAUAUGAGAGGACAUGCAAUUUGACACUCAAUUAUUUGGUGAUACGAGGAAUUUCAAAUUGGUUAAUUCAAACUACAACUUUGACGAACACUGUAACAACUUUGAAGUAUCAAUCUAGGUCAACAUUAACCAACAUUAUAAUGACUCAAGCUUAGUAGAAGUAUUCAGAAAUGGCUGAUCUAACUGCUUAAUAAAUGGAUUAUAGUGCAAAUGUCUAAAGACCCCUUACAGUAAGAGUAAUAACGGCUUACCUGUAAGAAACUAAUGGGGAACUUAGGAUGUUCCUCUGUGGUGACCCAGAGGCGGAAACUAUCAUGCACAUUUUCUGUCUCUACAACUGUAUUGAGGACUUCAUCCAUGAAAUUGAGUCCCAAAUGACAGUUCUGUAGCAAUACCCAGCCUCCAUUGGCCAUAGCAUUUGCCAUUAAGGCACGUGCGUGAACCUCUUGACCUUGACCCAUGGAGAUUGCUCUGCACUCUGAAAAUGAACGCAAACAAUAACAAUUGAGGUAUAUAUAGAUCAUCGUUCAAGAUUGGGCUUCACUGCUACAGCAGAUAUGGAAAGAAGUG